AUGGCGGCAGAGAAGAACCAGAACCCUGAUCCUAUGGGUAAUGUGGGUGACCACGCAUCCAAUUCAUCCAGUCGUGCGUCGACUUCGGAUUUUGAUAGCUUUCGAGAAACACGUUCCCAGGACGAGGACAGAGUAACUCGUUGCUCUGACGGCGAAGAGGGUGAGAAAACCGGCCACGGAGAGGAUCUGGAAAAGAAUCUUGCCGGCCUCAUCCAGACACCUACCAACCAGACUGGUAGAAAUGUCAAUGGCCUCGACAUUGUCCGCAGCCAUGUCUCGCACCAAGACAUACAUGCCUCGGACAAUGCGUACCGCGAAGAGAACGCAGAGCAAUAUCAACGCUUCUCUCCUGCUCGGAAAAGAAUCAUCGUGGCAAUCCUGGCUUGCUGUUCGUUCUUGGCGCCAAUUUCGUCCACGUCGAUCCUUUCUGCGGUCCCAGAAGUAGCCAGGACGUUCAACACCACAGGCAGUGUCAUUAACGCAAGCAAUGCCGUGUUUAUGCUUUUCAUGGGCCUGUCCUCGACCUUUUGGGGAACAUUCAGCCAGAUCUUAGGAAGAAAACCGAUGUCCACCUCGAGCUCGUUUCUUUUCUUCAUAUUUAGCAUGGCAACAGCUCUGUCGCCGAACUUGCCUGCCUAUUUCAUCUUUCGGGCCCUGACCGCAUUUCAGGGAACCUCAUUCCUUGUUGUGGGCAGUGCUUCCAUCAGUGACAUUUACACGCCGACAGAGAGAGCCACUGCUCUUGCGUGGUUUCUCUCCGGGACAUUGAUCGGUCCAGCCCUUGGGCCCUUUAUAGGCGGAGUAAUUGUAACCUACCGGUCGUGGCGGGUAAUAUUUUGGCUUCAAACCGCGCUCGGCGGGUUUGCAUUCAUUCUCGUCGUUCUUCUCGUUCCAGAGACCAUUCCACACAAAACCAUUACUGACCUCGCCGAUCUAUCUCCUAUGGAUAAGACGCGUGCAAUUUGGAAGCGGAUGAACCCGCUUCGAGUCGUCAUGCUUCUGUUCCAAUAUCCCAAUCUCUUCUUUGCCGGAAUGGCUUCUGCAGCGCUAGUCUGGAACCAGUACUCUCUACUCACGCCGAUUACAUACGUUCUCAACCCACGCUUCCACCUCACUUCGCCCAUAGAGUCGGGUCUUUUCUACCUGGCCCCUGGAAGUGGCUAUCUCGUUGGCACGCUCUUCGGAGGCCGCUGGGCCGACUACGUUGUCCGCAAAUGGAUCCGCAAGCGCAAUGGCGUCCGCGUGCCUGAGGAUCGCCUCAAGUCUUGUCUCUUGUUCUUGGGAGCAGCCAUUCCAGGCUGCGUGCUCAUCUACGGAUGGACGGUUGACCAGGGGGUUGGCGGCAUUCCCGUGCCCGUGAUUAUGUUGUUUCUGCAGGGUGUGGCGCAGCUCUUCUGUUUCCCCAGUCUCAAUACCUACUGUCUCGAUGUCAUGCAGUCAAAGGGUAAAAGCGCCGAGGUUGUCGCAGGGAACUAUAUGUUUCGGUACGCAUUCGGAGCGCUAGGAACCGGAGUGGUAUUGCCGGCGGUUGAGGCUAUGGGAGUUGGCUGGUUCAGUACCAUAUCUGCGCUGUUUCUUGCGACGUCUGGAGCCCUGAUCUGGCUCACUACGGUAGCUGGGUCGACUUGGAGGCAGAAGGCGGAUGAGAAGCACAAGCACAGCGUUUGA